UCCAGACCGGAAGCUCUCCGUCGUCACUACGGCGCGCUUCACCGCUUGCACAGUGGACGUCCCGGCAGCGAGCACAUGCAAAGAUCCGGGAGCGGUCCACACUGAUCCCCCUUCGGAGGUAGAGGACGACGCGGGACGGAGGGAGCAGACUCAGCCAAGAUGGCAUCAGCCAGAGAUUCAGGAGCAGGCCGCGAAGAGAGAGACGCAGCCGACCAAAAUUUUGACUACAUGUUCAAACUGCUGCUCAUCGGGAACAGCAGCGUGGGGAAGACGUCCUUCUUGUUCCGCUACACGGACAACUCCUUCACGUCGGCAUUUGUCAGCACAGUGGGCAUCGACUUCAAAGUCAAGACCAUCUACAGGAACGACAAGCGCAUCAAGCUACAGAUCUGGGACACUGCGGGCCAAGAGCGCUACCGCACCAUCACCACAGCUUACUACAGAGGAGCCAUGGGCUUCCUCCUCGUAUAUGACAUCACAAGCCAGGAGUCUUUCCUCUCUGUGCAAGACUGGGGAACACAGAUCAAGACAUACUCGUGGGACAACGCCCAGGUGGUCCUGGUGGGCAAUAAGUUGGACUUGGAGGAAGACAGACAGGUCCCCACUGAGGAGGCGGAGAGACUCGCGAAGGAGCUAGGCUUCCAAUUCUUUGAGGCCAGCGCGAAAGACAACAUCAACGUGAAGCAGGUUUUCGACAAGCUGGUGGACGUCAUCUGCGAGAAGAUGAACGAGAACGUCAACAGUGAUGCCUCUCCAUCGGCCAAUCACAAGGGAGCUGGCCUGAAGGACACACCCCGCAGCAUCUCGGGAGGCUGUGCAUGCUGAUAAUUAACAGUGGAAUUCCAUACACUCCAGCAUGCACGCACACACACACACACACACACACACAGAAUACUACGCUUGUCUACCAAUGCUUCAUCUAUUCUUCUUUAUUUAAACGUGACUGUUACACUGGUAUGCCAAAGAGCUGCUUUGAGAACACGUGCCUUUUACCUUUCUCCCCCUUCUAGUUAUCAUUUCCUAUCAACGUGGUAGCAGGCAAACCAAUGGACCAAACCUGAGCAUGAGCCUCACUGAGUCUAUGUACCUGUGUAAUGCUACCCCCUUGUGGCUGGUUUAAGAAGGUGCAUCACUGUGACUGUUGUCUCCUGACAUCCUUAGGAGGAAACGGCCUCACUAACUUCUCAAUCAAACCUUCAAGGUCAUUCCACGAUCCAGGAAGUUGUAAUUGUUUUUGGAAUGGUUGGUGGGGUUUUUUUCUUCUAGUAAAUGGUUAAUUACAGUACAAUACUUCCCUUGCCACUUUAAUUAGUGCCUUUUUAAAGAAAACUAAGGGGCGCUUUGCAGCAUGUCUUUUUCAAAUAAAUGAUGUAAUAUAUCACACAAAGUUGAUUUUUAU